AUGGAACAAAGCAGUUGCUAUCGCAGGAUCGCGCACCAAGCCAAGAAACUGUUUUAUGGCGAUACGCUUGAUUUUCAACGCUUCGACCGGAAAAUAACGACAGACAUGGAUAACCCCGUACAGAGCGCAAACUUUAUCCAGGGCCUACAACGUACGCCGCAGGUCCUGCAUGCUGGUCCGACAAACCUGAAGCCCGGGUUUCUUGCUGCCAGCUCGCCCACCCCCGACCAGUGGCAAGGAACAGCGACAAUGAAAACGCGGCCGUUGGUCCAGAUCCAGUCUAUCCGUGUCCAAUCUGGCCUCGAUCAGAACCAAUGA